AAAAAAAAUCUUUGCGCAUCGACGGGUCAUUGGUGACAUCAAUUCAAAUGACGAAUCUUUGUUAAUUUGUUUCGCCUACCUAAGUUGAUUUUUCCUCGCAAAAUUAGGUAUGUUUUCCAAACUCUCCAAUCUGUUUCGAACUAGACGGGUUGGUAUGACGCCAUCAAAAAGCAAACCCAAUAUCUUUGAUACUACUGUUAGUUGAAAGCAUGUGAUCCUUAUACAUUUUCUUAGUCAGCGUUUUAUCAUAGUCGAUAGACAAUCAACUAUGGUUUUUUUCAAGAUCUAUACGAUGAAAGCAAUGGUUAUACAAAUUUGAAUUGGUUUUUAAUUUUUAUUACAAAAAUCGCCGCAAAUAUCGUCCAGUGGAGAUUCGGCUUUAGAGUGGAUUUUCCACAGGCUUUUUGACAAAUAUCUGCAUAUAUUGAUGUAGCUUAAAUAAAGAAGUGGCUAGAUAGAUGUGUACGAUUAUAUUUUAUAUGUUUAUAUUUUAACCCGAAAACUGGGAAGGAGAGCGUGAAAGUGCCGAGUUGAUCAAGAUGGCGUCCCAAGUGAUGGACGAAAGAGACGUGACGGAGUAUCAUUUUCAACAACUUUGCAAGUUAUCUCUUGGUUAUUCCUUGCAAGAUAUCCAUGGUAGAGUUAACUAUAUUGCAGUAUCCAACAAAUAUGGCUUAAUCUUUGCUGUUUCCCAUACAGAAAUUAAAGUAGUUGCUUUGGAAACAAUUGAACAAGUUUCAGCUAGUGAUAUCACUGUUAAUGCUGCUGUGAACAACUUUGCGCAUGAUACUAUUGCUGUUGGGUUCAGCAUUCAAUAUAUCAGUUUGAAUUCUGAUGACUCUAUCAUUUUUAUUGUGUAUCAAGAUGGUGGAGAACUGAAACUUGGUGCUGUAGAUGUUGCUAUUGUGAAAAAUUCGAACAAGAAUGAUGCCGUUUUUACAUCACUAACACUUGUCAAUGCAUCUGAUAUUUGUGUUAACGAAGUACAAUGCCAUCCCGAACUUCCUACACUAUCAGCACUUGUGUUAUCAAAUGGACAUGUUUUAAUGAUAGAAUUAGAUGCAAACAAUCAACUGGCUAUUGCAUCUUCAUUGACACCAACCACCCCUGUUACAAGCGUUUGUUGGAGUCCAAAGGGUAAACAAAUAGUGGUUGGGGAUAAACAAGGAAACUUGAUACAAUAUGAUAAGACUCUUCAGGUACAAAAGAAAGUUACUCCACCUCCAGAAAUAGAUAUGAAAUCAGUUGGUGGUUUAUAUUGGAUAUCAUCUUACUUAUUUUUUGUGGUGUAUCAUGAUCUUGAAAAUGUUGCUGAACCACCCAUUGUUACCAUGGUUACAACACAAAAAGAGGGUCAAGCAAGUUAUUCCAUCUUAAAUGACAUUUACUAUGGCUUUUGUGAGGAGCGAUCAUUGUGUUUUUAUUUCUCCUAUAUCCCAGGCUGGAAUUUAAUGAUAUCAAUGGCAAGUAACGCAAUGGAAGCAGCUCCUGUCGGUAAAAAGGAUGAGAAAUGGCAAAGAUGGGCGUUGUUGGACACUGGUCGAGCAGAAAUGCCACUAACUGCUGGUAACGAGGACACUUAUCCUGUCGGUAUUGGUAUUUGUUUAAAUUCAAGAACAGGAAUUGAAUUAGAUGACAAGGAAUUACCACCCGCACCAGUUUAUGUCAUGUUGUCAACAGAUGGUGUGUUGUGUUCCUACCGGAUGGUCAAUCAGUUUCCACAAACUGAUCAUAGCAUUCUUACUCAAGUGCAACCAUUCCCAACAACAAAGCCCAGACGUGGAACGCCAUCAUCUUUUGCUGCUCCUUCCACUGCAAUACCUGCUCCUUCCAAUGCAAUGCCUCCUCCUUUCAAUGCAAUGACUGCUCCUUCAUUUAAUUUUAGUAACACUGCAUCUAAUAGUUUUGGAAAUCCAACAGGAAAUUCUUCUUUUAAGUUUGCUGCUUCUGUUGUUAAUUCUAGCCAAUCAUUAACGUUUGGUGGUGCUAUGUCAACGCCUGCUUCGAACUCUAACAGACCAGUAGCGUCUGCUAGUGCUAUGCCAACGCCUGCUGGAGCUUUGCCAACGCCUACAUUUGCGUUAAAUACAGCACCAUCUUUUCUAAGCAAAGUUGUGACAGAUCCAAACAGCAAGGCCAAGGAGAAAUCAUCUGGAUUUCCUAUAACAUCUUUUUCGUUUACUGGUGGAGAAACUAAUCAAAAACCGUUUGGGUCGGUAACUGGGCCUGCUUUUAAUUCGCAAGGAUUUCCUACUUUUAGUACUGAUCUUCCUACGUCGUCAAAACCAGCAGAAAAGAAAGGUAGUGGCGCUUCAACAUUUGUUUUUACCACACCGAAAACAACGCUGCCACUUUUUGGUUCAACAACGCCAAAUCCGAAUACUAUUCAAACUACAGGAUUUCAGCUUUCAGGAAACACAGCUGAGUCUGCCAGAUCAGUCUUCACGCCUUUACCACAACCAGCCAAUGAAGUUAGUGCGUUAGCACCGUUAUCCCAGCCGACAUUCUUUCAGCAAACUAACACUCCUGUAGUUUCGCAACCAUAUCAAUUACAAGUUAGUUUAAAUCGAUCCAAUGGAACUCUAUCCGGAUUCUCAACAACAGGUGUUUUAAGUAAAGAUACGAUCUCAAGCAAAACAACUGCUGCACAGUCUGUCUUAAGUCAACAUCAAGAGUAUAUCCUUUCGCAAAAACAAAAGGCAGAUGCAUUAUCGAAACCACCAUCUCAAGCACAGCAGAUAUCACAACCACCACUUGUGUCAACUCCGCUUAGUUCACAAGUGAAUGAUCAAAUACAACCUCCUACAUCUCUUCCGGUUACGCAGAUAUCACAACCACCAUUGGUAACAACUCCACUUAGUUCACAAUUAAAUGAUCCAACUAACCCUCCAACCUCUGUUACCGCCACCACUCAACCCGUGACAGAAGAAGACAAGGCUGAUCAAGACAUUGCACAACAAACUGCUCAUUUGCAUGCAAUGUUAGAAAAAGACAUUGUAGAUGAGAUUAGGAGUUUUAAUACAGAGAUUAUUAACUUCCAACAGUCGAUUAGUGAGUUAACAAACAAAAAAGAUCUUAUUGGCACUCAGCAAGAACUGGUAGACAUGAAAAAUGAAAUCGAGAAGCUUGACAAUUUUGUUUAUGGACACAAGCUGAUUACAAAAGAAAAUAAGUUGGAAUGUAAUCAUCUCCGAGAAGAAGUGUUAAAGCAUUUUAAGUUGGUUGACGAGGCUGAAUUACGCAAGCAAAAAAAUGAAGAUCAACGGUAUUCCACAGUGUUGAGAACACGUCCACUUGAUCCAAUAUCUACACGCCAAAGAAAACAGAUACGGAACCAGUAUAACCAAUUAGAACACACACUUCAAGAUGUGAACGCGCUGCUCGAUGCAAAAUGGGAGGAGAAGGAGGUCUUAAAGAAAAGAGGCAGAAGUAGAAAUGUCUCUCACAACCAGCAAAUCUUUAAGACCGUUGAAGCAAUUGAAAAGAUUACAACAAAUCUUUCUCAGCGAGUGGAAAACUUAACCCUUCAAUCGCAGGAAACCCAACUGUUAUCCAUGAAUAUUACUCAUAGAUCAAACUUGGACAGGGUUAAUCUUCCUAAUAAAUCGGCUGAUGAUGAGAAGGCAAUAAGAGAGAAAUUGCGAAUGCAGAAAAGUAACGCUAAACAAUUGUCCAUGCUAAAAAAUUAUCUCAGUAAUAGGUCUACUACUCCAGUCCGAAAGCCCAAACAGUAUGCUUUAAAUUAUAAUGGAUAUGAUACAACUUUACAGACACCUUCGUUUCAGUCCUUACAUCCCAAGGCUGCAUCUACACCAGCUAUAACUUACUUAAAGAAUGAAGGUCAUGCUUUCUCGACCAUGAAGGCUGUACCAGAAGAAAAAGCCGCCACGUUGUCAUCUGCCUUAGCCAAUGUUGUGAAUGGCUCUUCCACGCCCAGUGUACUGCAUAAUGUUUCUGGUUUCCAUCAUCCAACCAAAGCUCCCGAGAAUACACCAGUUACCCCUGAUAUUCUAGGUCAGUCAUCUCGUGAGACGCCUAAUAAAUCCUACAAUACGGAGCCUGUGAACAAGAAUCUUUUUGGACUGAAUACUGGAAGUGGCGAUCCUAAGUUUGGCAAUCCGUUUGCAGGUAAUCCAGGUGCCAAGAGUGGUGUGUUUAAUUCUCCAGGACCCAAAGAUAAAUUACCUGCUAAAUUACAAACGGACAGUUCAAGCAAACUGAUGCCGAUUACUACAAAUCAGGCCAUAUUUUCCUUUAGCACACCAGUCCAAUCUAGCAAACCUGUACCUGGCGUAUCACAAGCAAAUAGCCUCGCUGGAGCCAACGCAGGUUUCUCUUUUAAUUUUAAAAAUCCUGUUGGAUCGAUUUGUAAAACUGAAGUGUUGGCUUCCACCACUACUACUACAUUUAAAAAAACAAACGCAUUGUACAGUCCAGGCAAAAGUGACAAUUUGAAAGAUUUAAUCGAGUCAGUGAGUUCUUCAAACAUGUUUACAGCAGUUGAUAAAUACAAAAUAUCUAUUGGCUCCGCAGCAACAAGUGCUUCAGGCGGAUUAUUAGGUGCUACAGCAACACCAAAUGUGUCGGGAAUACCGUUUGGUUCCACAGCAACAACCAGUGUGUCGGGAAUACCGUUUGGUUCCACAGCUACAACAAGUGCGUCAGGUGGAUCAUUUGGUUUCACAGCAACAACAAAUGCAUCAGGUGGAUUAUUUGGCUCAACAGCUACAACAGGUGCGCCGGGAGUACUGUUUGGUUCCACAGCUACAACAAGUGCGUCGGGAGUACCGUUUGGUUCCACAACAACAACAAGUGUGUCGGGAAUACCGUUUGGUUCCACAGCUACAACAAGUGCGUCAGGCGGAUCAUUUGGUUCCACAGCUACAACAAGUGCGUCGGGAGGACUAUUUGGCUUAACUGCAACAACAAGUGCGUCAGAAGGAUUAUUUGGUUUAACAGCUACACCAAGCGUGUCGGAAGGACUGCUUGGCUCAACAGCAACAAAAAGUGCAUCAGGAGGACUAUUUGGCUCAACAGCUACACCAAGUGCGUCUGAAGGACUGUUUGGUUCCACAACAACAAGUGUUUCAGUCGGAUUGUUUGGUUCCACAGCAACAACAAGUGGCUCAGGUGGACUGUUUGUUUCCACAGCAACAACAAGUGCGUCGGGCAAAUUGUUUGGUUCCACAGCAACGACAAGUGCGUUGGGAGGACUAUUUGGCUCAACUGCAACAACAAGUGCGUCAGGAGGAUUAUUUGGUUUAACAACUACACCAAGCGUGUCGGAAGGACUGCUUGGCUCAACAGCAACAACAAGUGCGUCAGGAGGAUUAUUUGGUUCAACAGCUACACCAAGUGUGUCGGGAGGAUUGUUUGGUUCCACAGCAACAACAAGUGAAUCAGGUGGACUGUUUGGCGCCACAGCAACAAGUGCGUCGGGAGGACUGUUUGGUUCCACAGCAACAAAAAGUGCAUCAGGAGGACUAUUUGGCUCAACAGCUACACCAAGUGCGUCUGGAGGACUGUUUGGUUCCACAACAACAAGUGUUUCAGGCGGAUUGUUUGGUUCCACAGCAACAACAAGUGGCUCAGGUGGACUGUUUGUUUCCACAGCAACAACAAGUGCGUCGGGCAAAUUGUUUGGCUCAACUGCAACAGCAAGUGCGUCAGGAGGAUUAUUUGGUUUAACAACUACACCAAGCGUGUCGGAAGGACUGCUUGGCUCAACAGCAACAACAAGUGCGUCAGGAGGAUUAUUUGGUUCAACAGCUACACCAAGUGUGUCGGGAGGAUUGUUUGGUUCUACAGCAACAACAAGUGAAUCAGGUGGACUGUUUGGUGCCACAGCAACAAGUGCGUCGGGAGGACUGUUUGGUUCCACAGCAACAAAAAGUGCUUCAGGAGGACUAUUUGGCUCAACAGCAACAACAAGUGAAUCAGGUGUACUGUUUGGUGCCACAGCAACAAGUGCGUCGGGAGGACUGUUUGGUUCCACAGCAACAACAAGUGGAUCAGCUGGACUGUUUGGUUCCACAGCAACAAAAAGUGCAUCAGGAGGACUAUUUGGCUCAACAGCUACACCAAGUGCGUCUGGAGGACUGUUUGGUUCCACAACAACAAGUGUUUCAGGCGGAUUGUUUGGUUCCACAGCAACAACAAGUGGCUCAGGUGGACUGUUUGUUUCCACAACAACAACAAGUGCGUCGGGCAAAUUGUUUGGCUCAACUGCAACAACAAGUGCGUCAGGAGGAUUAUUUGGUUUAACAACUACACCAAGCGUGUCGGAAGGACUGUUUGGUUCCACAGCAACAACAAGUGGCUCAGGUGGACUAUUUGGUUCCACAGCUACACCAAGUGUGUCUGGAGGACUGUUUGGUUCCACAGCUACACCAAGUGUGUCGGGAGGACUGUUUGGUUCCACAGCAACAACAAGUGGCUCAGGUGGACUCUUUGGUUCCACAGCUACACCAAGUGUGUCGGGAGGACUGUUUGGUUCCACAGCAACAACAAGUGCGUCAGGAGGAUUAUUUGCCACGUCGACAUCAGUGGCACCAGCAUUUGGUAGCAACUCGCAACAGACCUCGAGCGGUGGAUUUGGUGGAUUUGGUCUUGGCGGAAAACCUAUGAAUGAUCCAAACAAGAAUCCGUUUGGGACAAUUUCUUCUACCAGCAACAUGUCAGAUUCGAGCCAAUUAUUUGGCACAUCAACAAACAGUGUUUUUGGACAACCUUCAAUCACGCCAUCUUUUGGGUCAGGAUCGUUUUCCAGAGACUUUGGAUCUGGGUUGGCCAGUCAACAGCAGCAGGCAUCUUCUUUUGGUCUUAGUUCACCUCCGCAAGCUUCAGCCCCUGCUUUUGGUGCUCCGGCGGCUUUUGGUAGUCCACCAUCAUUCGGUGGUGCGCCCGCUUUUGGUGCAUCGCCAUCCUUUGGAAGUGGUGGUGGAGCUGUGUUUGGUUCUGCAGGCACUACUCAAGGCCCGGUAUUUGGUUCUGGUGGUGGAGGUGGAACUACAUUUGGUAGCCUAGCUGGUCAAACUACUGGUGGAACCACGUUUGGGAGUUUGGCUGGCCAAACUACUGGCGGAGCCGCGUUUGGGAGUUUGGCUAACCAAGUUGCACCUUCGUUUGGACAACUGUCCACUGGAGCAUCCUUUGGUUCCUCGGGCCACGGAGAAUUUGGGAAUAAUAACUCACAAGGAAGCAAUACAUCUUCCUUCUCAUCGUGGAGAUGAUGAAGUGAUUGUGCCAAGGAACGUCUUAUUCCGAGGAAUAAAUUUUAUAUACUGGAACUUUUUUGAUGUAUUUUAAAGUGACUAUUUUGUGGUGAGAUGAAAAUUGCCAAAGCUACUUGUCUUGCUAUAUACACAUCAAUUUUUUCCGCGUUUGAUUAUUGAGGAAAACGAAACUCUUAUAUAUCUAUCUAUCUUAUAUAGUUUGAAAGUGGAACUAAGUCUGGGUUUUGGUUCAUAUUCGAAAGAAAUAUUAGCUGGAAUUGUAAAGAAACUGUUUUUUUUCUAUUUCUUUUAGUUAGCACAAACGAAAACUUUUUUAUGCA